CGUUCGCCUCCUCCAUUCCCUCCCUCGCUUCCCGCUGCCCCUUGCCCCUCCAUGCAGGAACCGCCGCAACGUUUUGUGGCUCGGGCGGACAGAUCCGCGCUCGCUCCUCGCGACAGCAACCCAAAGCACCCGAGCUCAUCCCUCCACUGGAGGCCCAAAUCCUUGCAACAUGGCGCUCAACUUCUCAAACAAGCAGCGGAUGAAUGUGUCGAUCUGUACCGAUUUCACCCGCGUGUGCGGCGGCAUCUCCAGCCCGAGCGCAAGCUCGAGCCGAAGUAGUAGUCGCAGCAGUAGUAGCAGCAGUUGACUCUGUCCGAGGGUCGACUGCUGACAAGAAUGCCACUGCGCUCAGAGAUGAGCCGCAACCUGAGCUCGUUCGAUACACGUGGCGGGGAGGGUGGUCUGCUCACCAGCAUGUCGUUGCCGUCGCCGUCGUCGUCGUCGUCGUGGUCGUGGUCGUCGCCGUCGUGGUCGUCGUCGUUGUGGUCGUCGUCGUCGUCGUGGUCGUCGUCGUCCUCCUCCUCCUCCUCCUCCUCGUCUUUCCUCCUUCUCCUCCUCUUCCUCCAACCCUG